AUGGGAUCGCUCGCGGCCUCAUUCGCCGGCAGACGCCCUGCGUGCGCCCGCUUUGCGGUGAGGGAAGAGACCGGUGCGGCCCGAGAGGCGAGGGGGAGCGGGCGCCGCCGCGCUGUGGGAGACUUGUGCGGCUGGAGAGGUUACGCGGACCACGGCGAGGGCCGCUGGAACGCGCUGGCGCGGGCCGCCGGCCUGAGGCGCACGGGGAAGAGCUGCCGGCUGCGGUGGCUGAACUACCUCCGCCCCGACGUGAAGCGCGGCAACUUCACCGCCGACGAGCAGCUCCUCAUCCUCGACCUCCACUCUCGCUGGGGCAACCGGUGGUCGAAGAUCGCGCAGCACCUCCCGGGUCGGACGGACAACGAGAUCAAGAACUACUGGAGGACCAGGGUGCAGAAGCACGCGAAGCAGCUCAACUGCGACGUCGGCAGCGCCACCUUCAAGGAUGCCAUGAGGUACCUCUGGAUGCCUCGCCUCGUCGAGCGCAUCCACGCCGCCGCCGGCGAUCCCACAAUCGGCGACACCUCGUGCGCGUCAGGAGUCAGGUCGAUGGCUACCACCGCCGCCACGGCCACCACAUAUCCCGAGAACAACUCUGCCGCCAGCGCGGUCACCACCAGCAGGUCGGCAUCGUCGGGUUCCUUCACGUCGGAGCUCUGCGGCGAGGAGAAGAACCUGCAUGUCCAUGGCAGCGGCGAGAAGACAACGAGCGGAGGGGACUGGAUGCAGGAAGCGGACCAAGAGUUCUGGGCCAUGCAUAUGCAGAUCCAGCCUGAGGACGGUGGCCUUUUCCACGUCGACCACGAGCUUAGCGGAUGGGUGCAGGGCUUCUCCGACGUCGGCGUUUCGGCUGACAAUCUCUGGAGCCUCGAGGACAUAUGGAAGAUGCAAUGA